CUUCAUCCCUGUAAAUGAAGGAACUAGAAAGAAGUAAAAACACACUUGACUUCUCAAGAGAAAACCAUGGCACUUGUAACAACCACUCCAACCAUCAAUGACGGACCACUCAUCUCCGAAGUUGACAUGGGUUCCGAUUUCAAUGCUCUCACUGUCCGAGCCACUGUUGUUCAAGCUUCUACCAUUUUUUACGACACUCCCGCCACUUUAGAUAAGGCUGAGAGGUUGCUGGCUGAAGCUGCUAGCUAUGGUUCCCAGCUUGUUGUGUUUCCAGAAGCAUUUAUUGGUGGAUAUCCACGUGGUUCUGGUUUUGGUGUUUCCAUUGGUAACCGUACUGCUAAGGGUAGAGAAGAUUUCAGGAAGUAUCAUUCAGCUGCUAUUGAUGUGCCUGGUCCUGAGGUGGAUAGAUUGGCAGUAAUGGCAGGAAAGUAUAAAGUACAUCUAGUGAUGGGUGUGAUAGAGAGGGAUGGCUACACACUUUACUGCACCGUUCUCUUCUUUGAUUCUCAAGGUCAUUACCUAGGAAAGCACAGGAAAAUCAUGCCAACAGCACUGGAGCGCAUUAUCUGGGGAUUUGGGGAUGGAUCAACCAUUCCCGUAUUUGAAACUCAAAUUGGAAAAAUAGGUGCUGCCAUUUGUUGGGAAAACAAGAUGCCGCUAUUAAGAACAGCAAUGUAUGCUAAAGGUGUGGAAAUAUAUUGUGCACCAACUGCUGAUUCCAGGGAAUUGUGGCAAGCAUCAAUGACCCAUAUUGCACUUGAAGGUGGGUGUUUUGUUUUGUCGGCAAACCAGUUCUGUAGGAGGAAGGAUUAUCCACCUGCUCCGGACUAUGUUUUUGAAGGUUCAGAAGAGAACCUUACACCUGAUUCUGUUGUAUGUGCUGGAGGUAGUGUCAUUAUAUCGCCAUCAGGGGCUGUUUUGGCUGGACCCAAUUAUGAGGGGGAGGCACUAAUAUCAGCAGACCUAGAUCUUGGUGAAAUAGCAAGAGCGAAGUUUGAUUUUGAUGUGGUUGGACACUAUGCAAGACCUGAAGUGCUAAGCUUGAUUGUCAAGGACCAUCCAACAAAUCCGGUUACUUUUGCCUCGGCAUCAACAAAAACUGAAGAGAAGACCAAGUAGUUUCUUCCUUUCAUGGUCAGCAACUUCCAAACCUCCAGUUAUGGAUCUGUAAAUUAAGCAUUUGCACAUAGGUUUGAUUCAGUUGAACUUGUUAAAAUGACUUUGGAUAAUUGGAAUAUUCUACUACAGAAGCAUUUAAUAAAAAAAUCACAUAUUUCAUUUAUAAAAAGUGAUAAAUGCUCUAGUAUAUGUUUGUAAUCUGUAUGGUUAUUCAAACAUACUGUAAGCUUUCACAAAAGGCAAAGCAAUUCAAAUGACCCUUGUUUCUAUAAAUUAUUUAUUACUGA